AUGGCGGAAGCGUCGAAUCCAGUGACUCGCAAGAUUAAUCUCGUGCGGAUUGCCCACGUGUACUACAUUCAUAAACAUAUUGAGAAAGCCCGCCAAUUUCUAGAAGCCUUUGGAUUUCAAGAGGUAAGUCGAAAUGGCUUGAAUACCUACUACCGUGGUGUUGGGUCGGAGCCGUUUGUCUACUGCGCUAUAGAGGGCCCAGCAGACAAGUUUGGUGGUGCGGCGUUUGUUGUAGAAAGCGUGGAAGACUUGGAAUAUGCAUCAAAAACAUUACCAAAUGCCACCUCCGUUCAGAAACUCAAAGACGAGCCGGGCGGUGGCCUUCGGGUGACUUUUGAGGACCCCGUCGACGGAUACCCUUUCCACCUUGUGUGGGGGCAAGCACCCAUAGACACCAGGCCUACGGUGCGCGAAAAGAUCAAGUUCAACUUUCCAGAUGAGAAGACGAGGCCGGGGAAUCAAUUCCAAAGAUUCAACAAAGGACCUGCUCCCGUACAUAAGCUUGGCCACUUUGGCAUGUGUGUGACGGAUUUUGCCAAGACGUACAACUUUUACAUCUCCCGCUUCAAUUUUAGACCGAGCGACUUGGUUUACGACGACUAUGGCCGAGAUGUUACAACAUUUUUGCAUCUCGAUCGGGGCUUGGAGCUAGUGGAUCAUCAUUGCUUCUUCUUCUUCGAGGGACCCGUGUCGCACGUUCACCAUUCUUCUUAUGAGACUUAUGACUUUGAUACACAGCUUCUUGGUCACGAUUACCUUCGUGAGAAGGGAUAUGAGAACUGCUGGGGAGUUGGCAGGCAUGUAAUGGGUAGUCAAAUCUUCGAUUACUGGUUUGAUCCGUCCCGCUUUAUAGUGGAACAUUAUGUCGAUGGUGACCUUGUCAACUCGAGUCACAAGACAAACCGAAGUAAAGCAGGACCGGGUAAUCUCCAUGUUUGGGGACCCGACUUACCACUGGAAUUCCUUCAAUAA